CAGCGAUACAUCUGUAAUUUCAGGCUUUUACCUCCUGAGUGUACGUGUUUUUACUCAAAAUGUCAUUGUCAUCGAGUACAGUGAAACUUAAGAAACCCGGUUUAAAUGUGACCCCAUCCGUGAAAGGUAUGAAUACUUCAAUGAAUACAUCAGGAAUACUUCGUUUUAACCGGAGUAGGGCCGGGUCGAUGAGCCGCAGAAGCCUGACAUUGGUUGGUGACAGCAAAGUCCUCGAGAAAAGUUCACCGCAGACAACAAAACAAGUCGUUAAGGUGUUGGAUGAGAAUGGCCAAGAUGUUACACCUCAGCCCCUGUUUCACCCAGAUUCAGGGGGUCUUCAACCCAAGCAGAGUAAAAACUUCACGGUCCAUGACAACUCAGGAGCUACUAUGUCGGACUUCUUUGCCACAGCAUUUCAGACUACAAAUGCAAGCUUUGCAGGGCCAUUUACAAGGUCUGUUUUUGGAGCUAGCACUGCAUCAAGAUCAAGCCAGUCUACCUUGGAUUCAUUGCCUGAAGAAAUUGAGGAUCAAGGCUCCAAAAGGGACAUAACUGUCAGUGUCUCAGACGUGCGAGUGAGGCGAGAGGAGUUGAAGGAGCAGAUCCGGGAGGACAUGCUGGAUGAGAUAGUGGAUCUGCACCUGGUGGAGUCGGAUACCCUCUGGCUGCUGGACAUGCCGGCCGUCUCCGUCUCCACAGAGGAUGAUGAGGCCCAGACUGUCAGACAGAGAAAUGAGGCCUACCAAGAACUCUGCAAGAACCGGCAGGGCAACGAUAAGUACAUGGAGCGGUCCAUGCAGACGUUCAACGGGGCCCCCAAAAACAAAGAGGUGCAGUGUGACCACAUCACCAUGAUGGAUACAGGCACCAUGGCGACCAGCUGGGACCUGUAUGACUCCUACCUGAGUGCCACCGCUGCUGUGGGCCCGGUCACGAGCACUGCAGAGGUGGACAAGAAGCCUGCGCUCAGCGAGGCCAUGUCCAGCUACCGGCUCGACCAGUCUGUGGCCGCCCCCAACAUGAGCACGUCUGCCCUCAGCAGCUCCAGUAUAGGUAGCUCCUGUUCCCGGCUGCAGUUCCAGACGUACGUGGCGCAGCCAGAGAGCGAGGCCGUCUCAGAGGACAUGCUGCAGUCCCACAAGUUCAAGCUGGACCUGAUGGUCAUGGAGCGGGUGGUGCUGGAGAACAUCUACCAGCCUGAGUUAGCUGCAUACCGACAGCUGCCAGUAUUAGAAGGCCCUCGAGACCCAGAUGGGGAGCUGAAGGUGGAGGCGGUGAACAUGGCAGACGAGGCGGAGGGCAGGUCCAAGAUGCCGGCCCUGGAGAGACUCUGGUCCUUCGGCUGCGUGGUCACCGCUGGACACAACGUCAGCUGCAUGGCCUGGAACAAGAAGAACCCGGAUUUGUUGGCUGUUGGCUAUGGGCAGUUUGACUUUAAGGACCGGAAAUCAGGACUGGUGUGCUGCUGGUCCCUCAAGAAUCCCACGUGGCCGGAGCGUAUUUUCCACUGUGAGAGUGGCGUCACCGCUCUGGACUUCUCUGCCAAGAAUGCCAGCCAGUUAGCGGUUGGCAUGCAAGAUGGAAGCAUCGCCACCUACAACGUGCAGAACCCGGAGAGCUCCCCUGUAUUGGACAGCAGUGAGUGUAUAAACAAGCACAUGAGAGCGGUGUGGCAGGUGCGCUGGGUGGACCAGGAGAAGGGCGUUUCGGGAGAGGAGAAGGGAGAGAGCCUCAUCUCCGUCUCCGCCGACGGCAGGGUCAUCAAGUGGAUCCUCCGCAAGGGGCUGGACUGCAUCGAUCUAAUGAAACUGAAGCGGGUGAGGAAUGAGAAGCCGGGCAAGCAGGCGGAGGGCAAGGAGAGGAAGGGGGAGGCCUUCAUCUCUCGCCACGCUCCGGGGACCUGCUUCGACUUCCACCCUCAGGACUCCAACAUUUACCUGGCGGGCACGGAGGAGGGUCACAUCCACAAGUGCUCCUGCUCCUACAACGAGCAGUUCCUGUCCACCUACUACGGACACAGAGGUCCGAUAUACCAGAUCGCGUGGUCUCCAUUCUGCAAUAACGUCUUCCUGAGCUGCUCGUCGGACUGGAGCGUUCAGCUCUGGCAGCAGGACAUCUCCACGCCGGCGCUGGCCUUCACCUCCACCCAGAGGCCCGUCUACGACGUCAAGUGGUCCACUAAGUGGCCCACCGUCUUUGGGGCCGUCAACGACGGCAGGGUGGAGAUCUGGGACCUCGCCGUCAGCAUUCUGGAUCCCACAAUAGUCAGCCCCGCCAAUCCAGGGGUGAAGCUGAGCACGCUGCUGUUUGCCACAGAGACCGAGUGCAUCCUAGUGGGGGACAGUGCUGGCCAGGUCAGCGUCUACCAGCUCAGGAACAUGCCAGGCGGAGACACGGCUAAGGUGGAAACGCUGUUGGAUAUCAUCCAGUCGUCGCUGGCCAGCCAGCUGUGAGCAGCUGGGGGCUGCGUGGCCCCUGGCCUGAUUGUGGGCUCUACUCCAACAGGGGCCCCCAGGGGCCAGCAGGGCACGGGGCUGUACCUCAUGGUGCUCCUACACAGUGGCAGUGUGCCAGAGUCUGCCUGUCUGCCCCCCCUCUCCCUCUCCCUUGUACACCUCCUCAACUCCCCUCUUUGUCAUCAUCUAUCUCCCCCAGGGACAUUAAUUACGUUUGUCUGUCAGACUUUGAGACUCCGCUGCUGAAUAACAAUGAGAUUACCGCAAGUGAAAACGUCCACGAAAGAAAAAAAAAGAAAAAAUUGAUUCAUCAUCAUAUUUUGUAUUAGUAAAACUCCCUUUUUACAUCGAUACAGAUUAAAAAAUGUAUUCUCUCUGUGAGAAAGGACAUUGUCACUUUAAUACAUUUACAAGCCAUCUGUAGACUUUCAGACCUCAAGACUUCAUAUUCACUAAUAUAAUAAAAUAUAUUUGUAUUUAUUA